UCACUAUUAGUACCAGGCUAUUCUCUGCACAUAAAUAGGGCACAUAAGCUGAAAGUCCCACUCCCUUCUGUCAUGGGGGGGAGAGCAAAGGUUCGUUGAGGGUAGAUUUCCACAGCCGAUCCCCUUCAGAAUUCAAGAAACUGCUUCAAAAGAGAGAAUUGGAAAGAGGAGUAGAUCGGGAGAAGAGGAAAAAGAUGGCGGUGAAUCGGCGGCGAGAUCUCUGCCGUCCAUGCUCCGUCGUCGCCGUGGGCUUCUGCCUUCUCGCGAUCUGGGCCGUCGGAUCCGAGUCCCGCGACAUACGGCCGUCGGAGCACGGGCUGGAGGACCAGAAGGACCCGGGCCCAACGUCCCCGGCGAUGGCGGCUUUCUUCCAGGGACGGCCCACGGUGGCGCUCCCCGAGGCGAGGAACGCCACCGACGAGACCUGGCGGGUGGCGCCGCCCGGGCCGGACCGGUCCGCCGGGAGGAAGCGGGCGAGGGUGGCGCUGCUGGUCGCCGGCGUGGUGUGCGGCGUCGUGGGGACCGCCCUGCUCGCCGCGGCGGCGGUGGCGUACGUGGUCCACGCCCGCCGGUCCAGACCUGGGGGCGGGCCCGGUUCGGGUUUCGGCCUGGGUUGGCGGAGAAGCGGCCUGACGGCCCGGUUGGGAGCCGCGUGAAGGAGAGGUCCGGACUCCGGAGGGAGGAGGGUGCUGCGUGGAGAGCAUCACUCGAGAAUGAUCCGAGCCGCUCGAUCAUGAUCUAGUGGUUAGUGGAGGAACGGUCCGACAUUUCUUCAAGGGUUCCAGUUUGCUCUUGAUCUUGAAUGAGUGUGUAUUCUUCUGAUGCAAUCACAUUACAUGUUUGGAAUAAUCUUAGUGUUUGGAUGACUUGUUUCAUUAUGUGAUCUUUUUGAUUCUUA